AAUUUCCAUUACGGUAUCGUCUGUCUACACACGCAUUUAUCAAGCUCUUUAAAUCUAUAGAAACUAGCAAAUCAAGAUAGAAGAUAUAUAGUGUUCUCAAUUUCAAAUAUGGCUUCUUCUUCUUCAUCUUCAUCUACUACUGCAUGGGUGUAUGAUGUUUUCUUGAGUUUUAGAGGAGAAACACGGAAAUCUUUUACUGAUCAUCUUUAUGAAGAUUUGCGUCAGGCUGGAGUUAACACCUUUCGAGACGAUGAAGAAAUUCGAAAAGGUGAGAACAUCUCCGAUGAACUAUUGAAGGCCAUCGAGGGGUCCAAGAUAUCCAUCAUCGUAUUUUCCAAAACUUAUGCCCAUUCCAGAUGGUGUCUUGAUGAACUAGUAAAGAUUUUAGACUGUAAGAAAAAUUUGCAACAGAUGGUUUUGCCUAUAUUCUACAACGUUGAUCCUUCCGAGGUUCGUAAACAAACAGGCGAAUUUGGUAAGGCAUUGGCUCGACAUCGACAACGAUUUGAUGAUCAAAAAAUUGAUAAGUGGAAAGUUGCACUCACUACUGUUGCUGAUUUGUCCGGAUGGGAUUUACAAACCAUGACAAACGGGUAUGAAUCUAAGUUCAUCAAAAAAAUUACUGAAGAGGUAAUGCGGGAAGUGAAUCGUACAUACAUGAAUGUUGCAAAGUAUCCCGUUGGAAUUGAAUCUCGUGUUAGAGAUAUACUUCAUUUAUUGCAAACUCAAAAAGCUAAUGAUAUCAAGAUGAUUGGAAUUUUUGGCAUGGGUGGUGUGGGAAAAACAACCCUUGCCAAAGCCAUUUACAACUUGAGUUUUCAAAAGUUUGAAAGUUGUUGCUUUAUCGCAAACAUUAGAUCACAAGCUUCAGAUGGGUACAAUGGCUUAGUUCGUCUACAAGAGAAACUUCUUUGCAAAACACUGAAUGGAAAGAAACUUGAAAUAGAUAAUGUUGAUGAAGGAAUAAGUUUGAUUAAAGAAAGACUGCGAUCAAAAAGUGUUCUUCUUGUUCUUGAUGACAUAGACGACACUCGUCAACUAGAAUCAUUAGUAGGACAACGGAAUUGGUUUGGUUCAGGGAGCACAAUUAUAAUAACAACUAGAGAUGUUCAGUUGUUGAGUGACCUGGAAGCACAUGAGAAGUACAUGGUAGAAAUGUUAAGCCAUGAUGAAUCCUUGCAACUCUUGAGUUGGCAUGCUUUUGGUGUUCCUAUACCGUUAGAGGAGUAUAUUGAACUAUCCGAAAGGAUAGCAAGUUAUGCUGGUGGACUUCCACUAGCACUUACAAUUAUAGGUUCUCAUUUGCGUGGCAAAUCAGUGCAAGAAUGGAGUGAUGAUGCUGAGAAAUUAGAAAGGAUACCUCACGAUGAUGUUCUAAAAAUUCUUAAAAUAAGUUAUGAUUCACUUGAUGAUGACACUCAGAAUAUCUUUCUUGAUAUUGCUUGUUUUUUUAUUGGGCAAAAUAAAAAUGACACUUCUAUGAUAUUGGAAGCUUGUGGUUUUUAUGCUAAAAGUGGAAUAAGAAUUUUGAUUGAAAGAUGCUUGUUGACAACAUGUGGAGGUGGAGAGUUUGAAACACUUCAGAUGCAUGAUUUAGUACGAGAUUUGGGAAGAGAAAUUGUUCGAAAAGAAUCUUCAUGUGAGCCGGGCAAACAAAGUAGAUUGAUUGACCCAAAGGAUGUCUUUGAUGUUCUUCAUGGGAACAAGGGCACAAAAGCAAUUGAAGGGAUGAUUGUAAAUUCUAACAUGUUAAAGAAUGUGCCUUUGAAUACUCAAAUAUUCAAAAAGAUGGUAAAGUUACGAAUACUCAUAUUGAAUGGUACGUGUCUUAGCGGAUCUUUUAAAUAUUUAUCCAAUGAGCUCAGGUUGCUUAGAUUACACUAUUGCAAUUUGAGUUGCAUACCAUCUAAUUUUCGCUGUGAGAAACUUGUUGAGUUAGACAUGGAAGGUAGCAAUAUCAAAGAAUUCCAAUGCAAUAUGCAGCAUUUUAGAUGCUUGAGGAUCUUAAAGUUUGAUAAUUGUAAACAACUUAAGAAAACACCAAACUUCACUGGGGCACAUACUCUUCGAAAAGCAUCCUUUUACCGGUGUUCAAAUUUGGUCAAGGUACACCCAUCAAUUGGAUGUUUGGAGAGACUUGUCGGGUUAAAUUUUUACAGUUGCAAGAAGCUCAAGGUUCUUCCAAGUAGCAUUUGCAAGUUAAAAUCACUUGAAAUUUUAAAUUUGAGUUUUUGCGUAAAACUAAGGGAGCUUCCAUUUGACUUCGGAAAAUUAGAGCAACUAAGAGAGUUACAUGCUUAUGAAACUGACAUCUCACAUAUACCAUUUUCUUUGGGAUGUUUGAGAAAUCUAAAGGAACUGUAUCUGUGUAAGUACACUAAGAAAUCACGUGAUGGUGUUGUGUUUUUCCCACCUUCAGUUGCAAAUUCGUGUUCCUUUGAAGUUAUUGAGAAUUUGACCUCAUUGGUAUAUUUACAUUUAUUAGGGAGAAGUUGUUAUCUUCAAAGCUUACCCUUCCGCCUUUGUCAUCUUUCAAACUUGAAAGCUCUCUACUUGGAGAAUUUCCAAAAUCUUAGAGUACUUGUAGAACUUCCUCCUAGUUUGGUGGAGCUCUCUGCAAAAAAUUGUGUCUCAUUGGAAAAAAUAGUAACUGUAUCAAACUUGAAGAAACUUGAAAGGUUGGAUCUUAAAAACUGUGAAAGUUUGGUUGAGCUUCCAAACAUGGAGAAUCUUUCAUCCUUAAAACGUCUUGACAUAAGGAAUUGCAAUGCUUUGAGUAUUCCCGACAACUAUUUGCAUGAAGAAGAUUUUCCAAUUGCUCUUAGGAGUUUGUCCUCCUCGUUGAAUGAAAUAGAUUUAAUGGGAAGUUAUUAUCUUCAAAGUUUACUAUUAAGCCUUUGCCAUCAAUAUUCCAAUUUGAAGGGACUCUUCUUGGACGAUCUGCAGAAUCUUAGAUCACUUCCACAACUUCCUCCUAAUUUGGGGAUACUCUCUGCAAAGAAUUGUGUCUCAUUAGAAAAGAUAGCAUAUCUAUCCAACUUGAAAAGACUUUGGGAACUAGAUAUUCAGAACUGCAAAAGUUUGGUUGAGCUUUCAGGCUUGGAGAGUCUUGAAUCCUUACGAUAUCUUGGGAUAGCAAAUUGCAGCAGUUUGAGGAUUCCUUCGAUUGAAAAGUGGUUCAAGGUACAUCCCAAAGAUGAUAGUGUCUAUAUUUAUGUGGGAGUAGUUGACCGGGGUAUAAUAUGCUGCGAUUUUGGGGACCUUAAAAUGCUGGUGAAUGUGAUUGAUCCCAGUGAAAUUGAUUAUGCUGAUGAUGGUCGUUAUAGAAUUGAUUUGAGUGUGAGAAGCAAAAGCAGUGGUGCUAAUUGGAUUCUAAUGGAAAAGCAGUGGGACUCCUUUGUCGUUCUAAUGACAAUGAUGGGAGAAGAAUUGGAGGUGUAUGUAGAAGUCCAUGCUUGGCAGAAGAUAUUUUGUGUAGCUGAAAUACAUAGAAACAGAGAAGGGGAAGUGCGUUUCUUUCCAUCCACAAGAGGAUGCAUUCCUUCCUAUAAUAAGGAAGAUGGAGAGAAGAAGAGGAAAGGAAGGUGGAGAUAGGUAGAGGCGGACAGAGGCGUUUCCUUCCAAUCACAAUGGGAUUGAUUCCUUCUGUUAUGACCCUGCUGCGAGAAGAUGGACAAAGAAAGAGGAAAAGGAAGGUGCAGAUAGACAGAGGCGGCAGAUCUAUCCGGCAAAGGCGAUUAUAAUCUUCACCUUUUAAUUUGCU